UCCAUUGUCUCAUCGCUAUUGUAGUGGCAAACAGGUUGUAAACAAAAGAGGCGGUUGCUGUAAAAAGUGUAAUUUAUAAAUAAAAAGGACCUUAUUUUAUGUUCGCAUGUUCGUGUAAAAAUGCGUUUUCACAUGAACGGAAGCAGCGAUGAUAAUGAAAUUGUGGCUACCACAGCCAGCGCUGAGCAUAUGCGCAAGUUUGUAUUUAACUCAUGCAACGAUGAUGAAAGGGAUCGCGAUGGAGUUGGAAACCCCGAGACAAUUGUCGAGCGUUUGGAAAUAAAAAUACCAGAAAUCCUGCAAGGCGCCUAUUCAUUCUACACGUGGCCCAGUGCUCCAGUUCUUGCGCAUUUUCUAUGGGAGCGUCGCCAAACACUUGUUUGUAAACGCAUCCUAGAGCUGGGCGCUGGCACCGCAUUACCUGGCAUAUUGGCCGCCAAGUGUGGAGCCCAGGUGGUGCUCAGUGAUAAUUGCAUAUUGCCCAAGUCCUUGGCACACAUCCGCAAAUCCUGCCUCGCGAAUCAGUUGAACCCAGGCGUCGACAUUGAUGUGGUUGGCUUGAGUUGGGGCCUCUUACUAAACAGUGUGUUUCGCUUGCCACCAUUGGACCUCAUCAUUGCAGCCGACUGCUUCUAUGAUCCCACUGUCUUUGAGGACAUCAUUGUGACGGUGGCGUUUCUGUUGGAGCGCAAUCGUGGUGCCAAGUUCAUAUUCACCUACCAGGAACGUAGUGCUGACUGGUCCAUUGAGGCACUGCUCAAGAAGUGGAAACUGCACGCGUCGAGUAUAAACAUGGACGAGAUUGGGAAGCAAUCGGGAGUAGAUUUAUUGGAAUUUAUGGGAGGGCAUACGAUACACCUGCUGGAGAUUACGCUUGUAGAUCAGGAGCGUGUGGAGGAUUUAGUCGAGUAACAAUUAUAUAGAAGUGAACAAAUGUCAAUGCAACUAUUUUGUAUGUAUAAGUUAAAAAUCACUGGCGAAACUUUGAUGAUUUCGUAUUAACAUCCAUGUUUUUGCUGCCAUAUACUAAUAAUUUGUAUUAUUGUUAAAUUAUUCCCUUACUCUUUACAUAUUCUGCAGAUUAAAGCCUGAAUAUAAUAAACUAUAACGCUUUUUAAAAUGAGCCCUAAGAAAUAUGUACUUUUUCACAGAGAAUAUAGCAACAAAAAACCUUGCAACAGGUGUUGUACACUAACAUUUUUAGAAUACAUUUUAAGCAGCGCUAAUACAUUUUUAUAAUAAACAGUUUUAUAAUU